UGGGAGCAGCGGGAGUUAUGGAUCGGAAUGGGAUUACGUUCCGAGAGUGAAGCUACCGAUGGUAGUGGGGGCUAACCUCCUUCUGGGUGAUGUUGAAGAGGUUUUUUGCGUCUGCCGGAGCUCCUCCUGGUCUCUCUUCGAGGUUACUGUGCUCAACGUGAGCUAUCGAGUAUAUCAGGAGCUUCCAUGCCUUUUCUGGUAUGUUCCUGUUUUUCCAGGAGAGAAGUAGAGUCAAUUGAUGCUGGAAGCCAGAGCAAUGAAGUUGCUAGACAUUCAAGGAGCCCUGUGCAAGAUUCUAGCAUAAUAUACACCAACAGUGCCAGUCACUAUGAGCUUCUAUCUGAAAUAGGCAAGAGUUUUAGUAAUUUAACCACGGUGAACUUGGCUAAACACAUCCCAUCAGGUAAAAUGGUGGUUGUGAAACGCACUAAUAUGGACACCUGUUCUGAAGAUAAUCUAGCCUCCCUGCAGAAUGAGCUUCUUGUCUGGCAAUUUCUCCGGCACCCAAACAUUCUGCCACACAGAGCCGUUUUCACGCAGGGCUGCGAGCUAUGGGUCAUUAUGGCAUUCACAGCUUAUGGUUCAGCCAGCAACCUCCUAAAGUUGUAUUUUACUCAAGGCAUGAGUGAAAGUCUCAUUGCACACAUUUUUCAUGGAGUUUUGAAGGCACUGGAUUAUAUUCACCGAAUGGGAUGCAUUCACAGAUGUGUUAGACCCAACCACAUGUUAAUAUCUGGAGAAGGUCACAUUUACCUCACUGGUCUGCAUGGUCUCUGCAAUAUGAUCACAGAUGGACAAAGGCUAAAGGUUGUGUAUGACUUCCCAGAGUUCAGUGCAUCUGUUUUGCCUUGGCUGAGCCCUGAGGUUCUCCAGCAGGACUUGCAUGGAUAUGAUGCAAAGUCUGACAUCUACAGCCUUGGGAUCACAGCGUGUGAGUUAGCCAGAGGCCAAGUUCCCUUUCAAGAUAUGCUGCCCACGCAGAUGCUGCUUCAGAAACUGAAGGGCUCAUUGUGUCUAGUGGACUUCAGUUUUCCUCCAGAGGAUUUACUGAUGAAGAAUUAUCGCUCUGGUGUGGAUUCUGGAAUUGGAGAGAGUGUUGCACCCUGCAGCAGGCUGAGGACAAACACAAAGGAAGGAUCUCAGAAUUCUAUGAAGAAAACAUUCUCGUCAGCCUUUCACAGCUUUGUGGAGCUCUGUCUACAGAGGGAGCCUGGAAAUCGACCAUCAGCAAGUAUGUUGUUGACCCACCCCUUUUUCAGACAGGUUAAGAAGCAGACCAGGAAGACACUAAUUAAUUUGCUUCAACCAGCAGUGCCACUGUCUGGUUCUCCGGCCAAAGAAGGGCUGCAGUCACAGAUGGAUGGUUCAAUCAGUCCCUUCCAAGAGCUAGAUUGUGACUGGGAAUUUUGAUUUUACUUGUCAUCUUCCAACUAUAUCCCUCUUCAUAUUUGUGAAAAAAGCAAAAUAGGCUUGAAUUGGAGACAACUGAAGUCAGUCGCCCAUUAAGGUGACUGAAGGCAUGGAAAAUGACCUUGUAUAAAAUUGAGUAUUUGUCAUUACUGCCCAUGUAUGUACUUGCGUACAUUGUACAUGAGGUUCAUGACCUCCAUCCCUGCUGUAAAUAGUCUAUACAUUUACACAGCUUAAUCCAAAUUGAUCCUGCAGUCAGAUUGGACUUAUUUUCUAGUUCAGUAUUAGAUUACUGCUUUGAAACUGGCUACAUGUACAAGUGCAUAAAUAUAUUUUUGAACAUAUCUUUGUAUUUUCUGUACAGAUGUAACAGUAAAGUUAAGGCUGAAUUUAUCAGAGCACACUUCACAGUGAUGCAUCGGUGCUUUAGUGAGCUCUCUAUGCCGUAGCAGGUUAAUCACAAAUUUGGACAUGCAGUUUCCAUUAUGUUGAGUUUCUAAUUUUCUUGGGGUUUAGUAUUAGGCUGAGAUGCGCACUAAGUACAGCAAGAAAAACACUGAGUAGAAGUUGAGAGAGAGAAGUGCAAAUGACAGGUUACACUGAAGCAUUCUCAUCCAUUUGCUUAGGGGAGGGCCUUCUCUCCUGGUUUAAUGGAAGAAAAGGUUUACAAAGUGUUAGUGCUGUGUGCUUCCAUUGUUUGAAAUGGGACCCAAUCUUUAGAGAUGUGUGCAUUGUGUUUACGCUAUAUUUUAUCUUUUCUCUUGCAUUGUUCAACAAGAGUGUACACUGUGCCUUUCAUCUGUUCUUGAUGUGAGAUGUAAAUUAUCGUAAAACCUGGUUAUUAUUGAAUAUUAUGUGGGAGUAUGUGAAUUUCAAUUGGUCCUGGAAAUUUGGUUUUCAGUUCGGACCCUCCCUUUUAACACGUCCUAAAUUAAUGCAGUUAUUUUCAGGUUAAUAACGCUAACUGAUUUUUCCAGUGGAACCCAUCUUCAUGAACAGGGUACUUUGAGUUUCUUACUUUUAAAUAAUUCAACCCAGUUGAUUCAUAGUGAUGACUAGAUUGUUUGUUUGGUUGAGGGUGAGAAGGGUUUUGUCUGCAGAACCUAUACUGAUGCUACACCUGAUAAGAGGCUCAAUAUGUUGUACAGAUGGGGGUGAAAAGGACGUUACAAAUAAUCAUAAGGCAGACAAGAGUUCAGUUGGGGAAGUGAGGCCAUUUGUGUCAGGUUGGAGAGAAACAGAUCAGAAUAUUUUUGCAAUGGGGAUGUUAGAAGAUGUGGAGGAGGAAGGGGAUCUGGGUGUCCACUUGCACGUAACUAAAAGCUAGUUUGAAGGUAUAAGUGCACUAAUAGAAUGUUAAUCUUUUUCUCAAGGGCUGGAAUUCGAAAGCGAGGCUUUGCUUGGAUUAAAAACUUGAAGUCUCGUCUGCUGUACUUUUGAUAUUUGGUGGGCAUUUGUCACAACUCAAGAAAGAUAUAAAAUUGGCUUUAGAAAAGGUUCAGUACAGAAUCACCAGAAAGAUCCAGGGCCAAAGGAGGAAAUUAAGGUUAAAUAGCCUAAAUCUGUAUGUAACUUCUUCAGUUUAAAUGGUUGAGGUUUGGGUGUAAUUGUGACCUAAUGAGGCUAAUUUUACACUGGCCCUUAAGUGUCUCUGCCUUAACACCAGUAAAAUACCCCUUUCACUAUCAGUUGUCAAAGGAAUAGGAAUUAUUCACCUUUUAUAUUUCACCAAAGUAACAUCAGUUCCUGAUCAUUUAACUUUAUGUAUAACUGAACUGUAUUAUCUGUAGUUAGUUCAGUCAUUUCUUUUCAAGUCUGCAGAUGGGUUCACCUUUAUAACACUUUCAAAUCACAUGUUUUUCUUUUUGUGAAAUCAGGGUCUUCCAAGUAUCGUAAUAUCCUAGUUAAAUUCUGAAUGCUCUUUCAGAGUGUAGGUGUAUUUCUAUCUUUGUUUGAGGUUACUAUUGAAGUUUUAAAAACCUUGUUGAUCUCAAAUGUAAUCUUAUUCUCUUGUCCAGUAAAGAAUGUUUAGCAUCUCAGGUAAAUACUCAGCUGGAGUAGGCCAUCAAUACUUGGAGCCUGCUCUACCACUCAGUAAAAUCGUGGGUGAUCUGAUUGUGGCGUCCAUUCCAUCCUCCUGUCUGCAUCCCCUCAGAACCAUGACUGUCAUGUUGAUCAAAAAUGUAUUAAUCUGAUUCAGGUAAAUUCAGUGACCACACUCUAGUGCUUUCUGAAGACACAUCUACAGUCUAAUGACCUCCUCUCCAUUUUAAAUGUGAGACCUCUUAAUAUACAAUGUUAGUGGUGGUUCUUGUAAAUAUCAUGGACUGGACUUCCCACUUUGGUUCAGAUUGCAGUCAAAAUUGGACUAAUUUUUGAAAGAGAAUAUACAAUUCAAGUUUCUGGUCAAGCUCAUUUGCAUAGUCGUACAUUUUAAAGUUGUGCUUGAACUAAUGCACGAGGCAGUGUAGUACAAUAUGAAAGUUUAUUUACUUUACUCACGUUAAAAUAUGUCCCCUGAUUACGUUUAAGAGCAGGCAUAACAGUAAAUAUGAAUUUUGAAAAAAUUGUCCAAAGCAAUAAAUUAACAAUUUAAAUGAAUGAAUAACUAACAAAAUUGGCCACUGAUAAGUGUUAGGCAGCAGAGGUAACUAAUAAAAUCUUUUUUGCCACUUUGAUUAAGAAGCAGAGCUCGAGAGAGACCUAAUAAGCUCUGCUUCCUGCAUAUGCUCAUGCACAUGCUUGUACAUGCACAUGCCCUUCUGUCCUCUCUCUCUCUCUCUCUCUCUCUCUCUCUCCUGCAUGUGUUUCACACACUGUUGCUCUCCUAUACACCCUUGAUGGGCUUUUGAGACAUGUUCUGUUAGUUUGGCUGCAGUACUUUGGAGGCCAUAAAGGGGUGAGUCUCAUGUUUCUCCCCUCACCUGUCUAGCAGGUGUCCUUGACCCUUGUUUAUUCUCCUCAUAUUGGGGUCAUAAAUCCACAAUUCAAAAAGAAUGUUGCAUGUAGUUGUUUCACAAUGUUCAAUUAUUGAGAAUAUUAUGCAGAAUUUGACUGAAUAAGAUUUGGCCUGUAAGAUGAAGUUGCUGUGAAAGCUACUCAAUGAACUAUUCAGUACCUAGUAUAUAUAUCAAGUUGGAGAGGCACUACCAGCCACUUCAAAUUGUCAUAGAAUCUUUUCAGUACUGUUCUCUUUUGCCUCACUUCCCCAGAUAGUUACAUGCAUCUGGCCUUAAUAUACUGUUGCAAGUUAUUUUCAAUCUUCUUUUACUUCCUUUCUCCCACAAAAUGUUGAUGAAUAUGAGCUGGCUCGCUGCCCCCAAGCCUCUUCAAAUUUACCAAUUGUGGUGGAAAGUGGACAAGCCAUCACACUGUCACAGGACAAUAGGUUCUACACAAUAUAUAUUUUUUGGAUUCCUUCUAGAAAAUUGAGAUAACCAAAAAUUGAUCAGAAAUCUUGAAAUGAGAAAGGCUGUUCAGCAACCAUUGCUGCUGCUUCCACAGUCCAGGCCGAACCGCCUUGAGGGUGGCCACCUUCAAAGAUAUUUACAUCCCUACCUCCAAUCAAACAAACAGAUCUAUGACAAAACUGAGAGCUUUCGUCAAUAGCACCUUCCACAACCACCAUGUAUCUCAAAAUACUUACUAGUCUUAUUUUCCAAGUGUAGUGAGUAUAGGAAUAAAUACUAUAAUCUUUAAUCAUAAGGUAACAGCUAACAUUUAGAGUAUUCUUGAAUGUCAAUAAAACACCAAAGGCAUUUGAACAACUUUAAAAUACAACAAUACUGUUACUAAGCAUUUGCGAUAGGGUGAAGCUGUAACAGCUCUCAUAACAGGCUUCUUGUAGAUAAGAGUGAUAGAUAAUAACUGGUGAUAUAUAGGGCAUAUAUGUUUAUGAUGGACCAAAUAAACAGGGUGUCACAGAGGUUCAUAGGACAUAUUCAACAUUUUGCUGCUGAGUAUAAUUUCAUUUGUUUCACACCUGGUGUCAUAUGUAGUGAAAGGAAAAGGGUUUUAAAAGCAGAUAAAACACAAAUGUUUUACUAGUUUAUAAGACUGUUUUCAACUUAGCAAUCUGAUUCCAUCUUGAAUAUCUUGCAUUUACAACCUUUCAGUUCAGUGUACACCACAAAGUUGUAGGUAAAGGGACAAAUCCUUCACACAAGCUUGAAGGAAUUUAGAUUUAAUGCUGAUAUUCAAUAAUGAAGACCUAUUUACUGGAAUGAUUUAAUACAACAUACUUUGGAUUGUUAACUUUAUGCCCUAUGGGCCCCUUCUGUUGGAGAAACAUUAACCUAAUUGUAGAGCAUGUUUUAUAUUUCAAAACUGUUAAAUUGAAAAGUAAAUUUAAGUUUUGCUAACUUUAUUCUGCACAAGAAAGUGCCUUGAAAUUUUGCUAUGAUUUAAUGCGAUUGCCUAUGGAAAGUUCCAUUUAAGAAGGAAACUUGUUCUGGGAUCAGCACAAGUAAUACUGAAGUUUGUAUCUUGCUAUGGACCACUUUUUUCUUAUAUAAAUGUAUAACUGUA